GUCGUCUCCAUCAUCGCCAAUCUCGUUCAUUGUAACCAUCCGCCUCGAGUCUCAACAAGACACUCGUUUCUACUUUGAUCACACCACCACUCAGACCACAACAAAAUCAACACAUUUUUACGACUCAUUGGCACUGUUACUCUCAUAAUAUCCAUAUUGACUUACUGCGACCGCCUCAUGCCCCGAUAGUCCUCUGUCUCUAAUCGACCGCAUAUUUCUUUUCGAACUUCCCGCAAUGCCUCUCAUACUCGAUUCGUCUUCGGAAUCCUCCAUAGAUGCCGAACCAGAUAUUCAAGAAGAGCGCAGAAGGUUAUAUCAUGAAGCCGAUGUGGUAAUUGUUGGUGCAGGUGUUCUGGGGUCUGCUUUGGCGGUGGCGCUCGCAAAUCAAGGACGCAGUGUGAUAUUACUUGAAAAGUCGUUAAAAGAGCCGGACCGGAUAGUGGGAGAAUUGUUACAACCAGGAGGUGUGCAGGCUUUGACAAAAUUGGGCUUGCGACAUACACUCGACGGCAUUGAUGCGAUCCCCGUCACCGGUUACACGGUCAUAUACUACGACGAGCAAGUCCCCAUUCCUUAUCCGGCCAUAGCAGCAGCUGGCGCGCAGCAAGAGCCAGGCAAGUCAGAAAAGGCAACGGAUGGCCCAGAAGGGCGAUCAUUUCACCAUGGUCGAUUCGUGUCGAAACUGCGCGCUGCAACAAUGUCACAUCCCAACAUCAGUAUUUUCGAAACCGAAGUCACCUCUAUAAUUUCGUGCAAAGAACCAUUACAAGUUAUGGGCGUUGAAUGUUUGACUCGAAAGAGUCAGAAAGACUGCUUCUUUGGGUCGCUCACUAUUGUGUGCGAUGGCUAUGCUUCGAAAUUCCGAAAGUCUUAUAUUCAACACACACCUAAAGUGAAAUCGAAAUUUUGGGGCAUGGAGUUGAUCGACUGCCCCUUACCGACGCCACAGCACGGAACAGUCGUUCUAGGCGAAAACUCCCCAGUACUUCUCUACCAGAUUGGCACCCACGAAACACGAGUGUUAGUGGAUGUCCCCGAAGGACUUACAUCCACGUCCGUCGCCAAUGGUGGAGUCAAGGGCCAUCUGCAAAACGUCGUUCUGCCGUCGUUACCAUCAAAGGUACAACCUUCAUUCCAGGCCGCGUUGGAAAAGGGAAGUCUUCGAAGCAUGCCCAACUCUUUUCUACCUCCAACAACCAACAAGACUCCCGGACUGGCUAUCCUUGGAGACGCGUUGAAUAUGCGCCAUCCUCUUACCGGAGGCGGCAUGACGGUCGCUUUAAGCGAUGUCGUCCUUAUAACAGAACUCCUCUCUCCCGAAAACGUCCCUGAUCUGUAUGACACCGACCUCGUGCUCAAACAAAUGAAGUCCUUCCAUUGGCGGCGGAAGAACUUGACUUCUAUAGUCAACAUUCUCGCACAGGCGCUUUACAGUCUAUUUGCUGCCGAGGAUUGGCAGCUCAAAUACCUACAGCAGGGAUGUUUUCGGUAUUUCCAGCUCGGUGGUCAAUGUGUCGACGUACCGGUUGGAUUGUUGGGAGGUCUGAUUGCCCAGCCUUUUGUGCUGUUCUAUCACUUUUUCAGCGUGGCGUUGUUCAGCAUCUGGAUUUUGAUCCGGAAAAAUGGGUUGCUGAUGUUCCCUGUCAGCAUUGUGCAGGCGAUUCUGGUGUUUGGUAAAGCGUGCGAGGUCAUAUUCCCGUACAUUUUUGCGGAGUUGAGGAGUUGAAAAAAGACAGUGGACGAGUACCGUUGGCGGUCAGACCGUUUUCUCUAGCGACACACGGCGACGAGCAGUCCAAAGGACCAUUAUUAUGAGAGUCAUAUCUGUAUAUCACCAACUAAUUCAAAGACCCUUGUUAGACUCCCCACUUUCCUGUUCAUCAGCCUUUGUCUUCUUUCUGGACCAAUCUUCAACUCUUCCUCGGCCUCACGAUU